AUGGAGACACCCCCCGAGCACUGUCCGGGCACCGAGAGUGAGCAGGCCGGGCUGGCGGACGCGUGUGCGGGCUGCCCCAACCAAGAGAUCUGUGCUAGUGCACCCAAGGGCCCCGAUCCGGACAUUCCAGCCAUCACAGAAGCGCUGCGUGACGUCCAGCACAAGAUCCUCGUGCUAAGUGGCAAGGGCGGGGUUGGAAAAUCGACUUUUGCCGCUAUGCUGGGCUGGGCCUUGAGUGCCAAUGAAAACCAGGAGGUCGCCAUGCUCGACUUGGACUUUUGCGGACCGUCUUUGGCCCGAAUUAUGGGCACUGAAGGCGAGCAAAUCCACGCCGCUGCCUCGGGCUGGACCCCGGUGUACGCAGACGAUAACCUGGCGGUAAUGAGUAUUGCAUAUAUGCUUCCGAACAGCGAUGAAGCGGUCAUUUGGCGAGGCCAGAAAAAAAACGGCCUGAUCAAGCAGUUCCUCAAAAAUGUCGACUGGGGUAACCCUAUCGACUACAUGCUGGUCGACACUCCGCCCGGAACUAGCGAUGAGCAUCUGAGCAUUAACCAGUACAUGUCGCCCAGUGGACUAGACGGGGCAGUCAUAAUCACCACUCCUCAAGAGGUGGCCCUGCUCGAUGUCCGCAAGGAAAUCGACUUCUGCCGAAAGGCCGGCAUCCGCGUGCUGGGACUGAUCGAAAACAUGGCCGGAUUCGUCUGCCCCAAUUGUCAGGGCAAGUCCGACAUCUUCAUUCCUACCACAGGCGGCGGCAAGCAGCUCGCCCAAGAACUAAAUGUUCCCUUUUUGGGUUCUGUACCCCUAGACCCCCGCAUUGGCCAGUGCAGCGACCGCGGCGAGAACUUCUUCGAGGCGUUCCCCGACAGCGUCGUCACCACUGCACUCAACGGCGUGAUCACCCAGCUCAACGCUCAGAUCCGCGGCAUUCCUACACCGUAA